AUGUCAAGGCCACCAUCUGCAUCUGAGAACACCUUGCCUGACACCCUGGUGACACCUGCUGCGUCUGCCCAACAUGAUUGCUCUGCACGGCCUGAGCUCUCUUCCAGCAAGCAGCGUCGCCACAACGCUCCCGGCCAGCAGCUCAUGCAUCAGGAUGUCCAGCAAGCUCCUUCUCCAUCCCGCGCCGAAUCCCCCACCGCUCAUCAAUGGUCCAAACCUGCAUCUGGCUUUACCCUAAAAAGGGCCUUGACUCUGCCCCUGGAGAGGCUCUCCCGCUCUGAUCGGUCUCACAGUCCCCAGCUGUCCGAAAGGGAUUCCAUCUUCGCAACCCACUAUCUUCCCUCAGACAACGAAACAAGUAAUACACCGCAGCUCCCCCCCAUACAAGAUGUUGAUAAUGCCUUGACUUCCGACUUGAUCCCGGGACUCGAUAAUGCGCCCACUUCGCCAACUUCCUCUUCCAAAAUCCCCUUCCGUCGCCCUUACGUCGAUCGCUCCCACAUGGAAGUCGACAUUCGCAGAAAUCAUCAGUUGCGCUCCUCUACCUACGUUCCGCCACCCCUUCCCGUCCAUCCCUCAUCGCUGCGACCCGUUGCAACAGAUGUAGCUUGGGACACACAUCACAAGGAACCGGACAGGAAACUGAAUGCUCCUGUUCGGGAGAGUUUCCUUCCCCCUGGAAAAGGUUUCUCGGAUGGUAUUGGCACUAGACACACUCCUCUAGAGGACUCCUUUCCCAACCUCAGUCUUAUCUCUGCCUCCUUGAGAGACUCUUCCUCGCCAUCCCAUCACCAUGAAUAUCGGGAACAAACCCGGGACCGAAAUUGCGAGACUAGAGUUGAGCGGAGUUUGAGUCGGACCCGACGCGGCAGGGUUGAAAACUCCAUCGAGGCCAGUCUGACAAAUGCGGAGCCUACCUCUCACGUACGUAGUCGGAAGUCUAGUCAUUACCUCGGCUUGUUUAAAGAGAAUACGACCUCACCUGACCGCAAAAGGAGGGAAGAUAGAGACGGGAAGCACGAGGAGCCUUCGACGCAGGACGAAACGUCGGACGUCACCGUCUGUUCCGAGCCUGAGCAGAUUCGGGAUCAUUUCCACGCACAGGCAGGAGACUUGCCGUCGGCGGACGCUGGUCCUCGAAUUUCCAAGAGUUCACCUCAGCUUUCACUAACCGCCGCUCCGGCCAUUGAACCGACCGCAAGGCAAGAAUAUCGGCCGCAUACGCAGAGUGACGAUGUUACCAAACGCCAACCCAAGUCUCUGCCGCGCAGUUUGCUGGAGGAAAUUAGAUCUUUCCACUUGACUCCGGGAGGUGGUCGCGGUUCCUCAUUCUCGAAGAGUAUCCCAACCCAGUAUGCAGAAGGGGGCAGAGACUAUUUCUCAGAGGGUGCAUCUGGUGAUGGGCUCUCGCCACCCGAUACGUUUCGAGAACAACGUCGGGACUCAGCCCAAUUCGAAGACGAAGAAGAGGAACAGAUCUCGUCUGCUGUGUACUUUCCGCAUGAGCGUGUUACGGUCUCCGAAGAAGUUGACCAAGUCGAGCCUUUUCCUGAGCAUGAGCCAGACGUGGAGCGGUUCGACGAGUCGGUACCGAAGAGUAGUCUUGCUCUGGUGCCAAAAGUACAUACCGUGCCUAUUGGGCAGGAAAGUAGUCAUGUGGAUAUUUCGCUUCGGUCUAAAAAUGACAGUAGGAUCCUCCAUGGCGAGCUACAAGACUUGCACUCCCCUACACUAGAAGAAUACGAGCACAAAUCUCUUGGCGCCAUUUCAGAACGCACCGGCGAAUACUCUACAUGUGAGUCCGAGUUCGCCUCUGCGGAUGAUAGUAGCGUGUCUGCUCGAGAGGAGGAAUCGAGUUUGACCGACGAUGCUGACGUGACCCCGACCGCCACUCCAACUCAGCGUUCUCGCUUCCCGCGUCCACGACGGAAGUACACCUCGACAGCCCCCGUCGGAGCGGUGGAACUAAAGCCUUAUCGACAUCAACUUAACAAUCGGGAGAACGAAUUCUACGAGCGAAUUGAACGGAGGCACCCUGAAAUGCUCAUGUUUCUUCCCAGAUAUAUUGGUGUCCUGAAUGUGACCUUUUCAAAGAAUUCAAAGCGCCCCAAGGGUUCUUCAGAAAACACUGCUGAACCUACAGAUGCUGAAACCAGCAAGGAGCUCACUCACGAUGAAACGCACUCAAGGAAACGAAGCAUUGGCAAGCCUAGCCAGACUAAAGAUGCGGAGCCAGAACGAAUUUUUAGUCAGAAACAAGUGACCGGUAUCAUCCCCAAGGUGAUACUUGAGAACAACCGCCAUAUCAUUCCGGCUGAUUUGUUUACCCGCUGUCAAAGACCCAGGACUGCUGAUUGUGUCACUUCAGGCAGUCAGCGAUCUUUGAAUGGGAAUCACGCGGCCGGUGGGAAGCAAUCAGUCGAUGGAUCUACAGCAGGCAACAUUUCCGCUCCCACCUUGGAGAAGCCCAUCGCUAGAUGGGGUGCGACAACGGUCAACAGGAAGUUGCAGGAGCAGGUCCUUCGAGAGGUCUUCAGCCCUCCCGCCAUCCAUCAUCACCGGCGCCAUGCCCGCGGUCACUUGAAUUUGCCGAGGACGUCUUCGGACAGUGGCCGUCGACGGGCUAAUCUAUCCGAGGAUCAGAGCGCAAGUCUCCGUCGUUAUGCGUCGGAGCGCGGUGAAACAGCACCCAGUCCUUUGAGCAUUGACAUUUCGAAGCAGUCCAAGGAAGGCCCGGCUCUGUCGUCUUCCGCCUCAACGGCCCUUGACGCAAACCAUGACCGUCUCGAGAAGGUUCGAACCGAAAAACCACAACCUCGCGCCAGCUCACUCAGUCGAACCAGGCGGGUCAGAAGACGGCAUUCAGGCAGCGGUCUCCAAAGACGGGGAAGCAUUAGCUCAAAUAAAGCUGGCGGUCAACUGAUGUUUUUUGAGGAUGAUGGCUAUGGUGGCGACAAAGAAGAUGGUAUAUUUUCGAUGGAAGGCGACGCCCCCUUGCCUUCAUCUAGCCACCCUCAUGUUAACGGCUCUAUUGCGCCGAUCCACAAGGAUGAUAGGUCUGAAGAUGUACCGUCUGCACCACUCGCCGUCCGCGAUAGUCCGUCCAAGCCCUCCGUUCGCCUGGAGGCGAAGGAAGAUUCUCAAAUGAUUGUCCCUUCUAAUCCCAAGGAGGCUCAAACCAGAAAAGACGAAAGGGUGCAAUUUUUCCUGUUGCUGGAGGAUCUCACGGCUGGUAUGAACAAGCCCUGCGUCUUGGACUUGAAGAUGGGGACCCGUCAAUACGGUAUUGAAGCCAACGAGAAGAAGAGAAAGUCUCAAAGGCGCAAAUGCCAGUCCACCACCUCUCAACAGCUGGGUGUCCGACUCUGCGGCAUGCAGACUUGGAAUGUAAAGAAGCAGGAAUACACGUUUGAGGACAAGUAUUUCGGACGGGAUCUCAAGUCUGGGCGUCAAUUCCAGGAUGCCCUCACACGCUUCCUUUAUGACGGCGUUUCUUACAUGAGUGUGGCGAAGAAAAUCCCCAUCAUCUUGGAUAAGCUGGCAAAGCUGGAGAAUAUGAUUCGCAGGCUCAAGCGUUAUCGCUUGUAUGCUAGCAGCUUGCUGAUUCUUUAUGACGGCGAACAAAAUCCUGCCGAAAAAUCUCAAGUCGAUGACACUCACAACGCCGACAAGCGGGCUCCUCUGCAACUCCAUGCCUCCGAGGAUGGACACAACAAUACCGAAGUACAUUUGAAGAUAGUCGACUUUGCAAAUUGCGUCACGGGUGAAGACGAAAUUCCCCCAGAUGCUCCUUGCCCGCCCCAGCACCCGGAUGAUAUUGACCGUGGUUAUCUCCGUGGACUUCGCUCGCUUCGGAUGUACUUUCAACGAAUUCUCAAGGAAGUGACUCAAGAUGAAUUCAUUGAGCGGGGUGAAGGUGAAGCCAUCGCUCUCCGAUCUCGUCAUUCCGGUCGCGAGGAAUCAUCGGACCGGUAUUGGGACGAGAGCGUGUUGGAGGAGGAUCCCGGUGAAGUCAGCUUCUGA